UGUCUGCGCGUGCGUGGUUCGGCUUUCGGCCCCAGGACAGAGAAAAUGGCGGCCUCCGCUGUGUGUCGGGCUGCAGGAGCCGGGUCGAGGGUAUUGCUGCGCACCCGCCGCUCGCCGGCCCUGCUGAGGACACCCGCCCUGCGCGGGGCCGCCUCCUACGCCCAGGUCCUGCAGAGCUUGCCCGAGACCCAGGUCAGCCUGCUGGACAACGGGCUUCGAGUCGCUUCGGAGCAGACCUCGCAGCCCACCUGCACGGUGGGAGUAUGGAUUGACGUUGGCAGCCGUUGCGAAUCUGAAAAGGAAAAUGGAGCUGGUUACUUUGUGGAGCAUCUGGCUUUCAAGGGAACAAAGAACCGACCUGGCAAUGCCUUGGAAAAAGAGGUAGAAAGCAUGGGUGCCCAUCUCAAUGCUUACAGCACCCGAGAGCACACGGCGUACUAUAUCAAGGCACUAUCCAAGGACCUGCCAAAAGCUGUGGAGCUACUGGCGGACAUCGUUCAGAACUGCAGUCUAGAAGAUUCCCAGAUUGAGAAGGAGCGUGACGUGAUCUUGCGGGAGCUGCAGGAGAAUGAUGCCUCUAUGCAGAAUGUGGUCUUUGACUACCUGCAUGCCACUGCCUUUCAGGGCACGCCUCUCGCCCAGGCUGUGGAGGGGCCGAGUGAGAACGUCAGGAAGCUGACUCGUGCCGACCUGACUGAGUACCUCGGCAGACACUACAAGGCCCCUCGCAUGGUGCUGGCAGCAGCUGGAGGAGUGGAGCAUCGGGAGCUUUUAGACCUGGCCCAGAAGCACUUCAGCAGCGUCUCCGGUACAUACUCAGAGGACGCUGUGCCUGCUGUGACUCCAUGCCGUUUCACUGGCAGUGAGAUCCGCCACCGGGAUGAUGCCCUGCCUUUGGCUCAUGUGGCUAUUGCGGUAGAGGGUCCUGGCUGGGCCAACCCUGACAAUGUGACUCUCCAAGUGGCCAAUGCCAUCAUAGGCCACUAUGACUGUACCUAUGGGGGCGGCAAGCACCUGUCCAGCCCCCUGGCUUCAGUGUCCGUGGCAAAUAAGCUGUGCCAGAGUUUCCAGACCUUCAACAUCUGCUAUGCUGACACUGGCUUGCUGGGUGCACACUUUGUCUGCGACGGCAUGAACAUCGACGACAUGAUGUUCUUCUUGCAAGGCCAGUGGAUGCGUCUUUGCACCAGUGCCACGGAGAGCGAAGUGGUCCGGGGCAAGAACAUCCUCAGAAAUGCCCUGGUGUCUCAGUUGGAUGGCACGACUCCCGUGUGUGAGGACAUCGGACGCAGUCUCCUGACUUAUGGCCGUCGCAUCCCUCUGGCUGAGUGGGAAAGCCGGAUUGCGGAGGUGGAUGCAAGUAUGAUCCGCGAGGUCUGCUCCAAGUACUUCUAUGAUCAGUGUCCUGCAGUGGCGGGAUACGGCCCCAUUGAGCAGCUUCCAGACUACAACCGGAUCCGCAGUGGCAUGUUCUGGCUGCGCUUCUAGGCAUUCUAGGCAAGAAGCCUCUGUAGGCAAGACGGGGGCCUGGGUUGGUUACCCCUGCUCCCCUCGGAAUGAGAAACCACAGCACCUCGGCUCCUCAGACCUAUGCUGCAAGGGUCUACACAACAAUAAAGCCUUGUGUUAAGAA